AUGUGGUCAUUCUCUUACAGAAAAACCAUCCUAUGUGUCAUAUCAUUAGCAAUAUCUUCAGUUUUGGUACUUUCCCUAUUCUACAGCAGAUUGCUGGAAGAUUCGCUGGCCUUGCAAUUUAUUAAUAACCAAAUAAAACCAAAGAUUCAGCCAGCAGCUGCCAUUUCGACAAUAACCAGUUCACAAGAACCCGUCAUACACAAUGAAACAAUAAUAUCAAGCGGAUCAGAAAUUCUUCAGGUCGAUAUUACCCAAGUCCCAGAUGGACAGAAAGUGAAUGGGGCACUUGUGACUCUUUGCAGAAACUCUGACCUCGGGGAGAUUUUGAAAUCUAUCAAUUCUCUUGAACUGAAGUUCAAUAAUAAAUACCACUAUGAUUGGGUUUUCUUGAACGAUGAAGACUUCUCAGAGGAGUUUCAAGCGGAGAUCAGUAAACUGACUUCAGGAGAUGUGAAGUUUGGGGUGAUUCCGUCUUCUAUGUGGGAAAGGCCCGACGACGUUGAUCUCGCUGAGUUUGAAAAAGCCAAGAAAAUACAGUCCUCGCAUAAUGUCCCUUACGCCAAUUUAGACUCUUACAGAAGCAUGUGUAGGUUUGAGUCUGGGUUUUUCUACAACCAUGAACUUCUUCAAGAUUAUGAAUGGUAUUGGAGGGUGGAACCGGAUGUGAAGUUUUUCUGUGAUAUCGAUUUCGAUCCUUUCAAGUAUAUGAUCGACAACCAAAAGAUUUAUGGGACUAUUAUAAUUCCUUAUGAAAUUGCCGAUACCAUCCCAACCCUUUGGGACACUGUCAAGGAAUUUGCCAGCACUUUUAGUCUUAGCUCCAAGGUCUUUGGAACUGGCGAUGAAAAAAUCGACAAUGCUCUUUAUUUGAUCUCGGAGAACAAUGGGGAAACUUACAAUAAUUGCCAUUUCUGGACAAAUUUCGAAAUUUCCAAUUUGAAUUUCUACCGGAGUGAAUUGUACCAAAAGUUCUUCAAUUACUUGGAUGAUAAGAAAGGAUUUUGGUAUGAACGUUGGGGAGAUGCUCCAAUCCAUUCCAUGGCAGCCAGUUUAUUUUUAGAAAAAAGCCAAAUACAUCUAUUUAACAGCCAGUUCGGAUAUAGUCAUACUACCAAUACAGCAUGUCCUAGAGAUGAGGUGUUUAGAAAAGAACAUAACUGCGAUUGUGGGGUAAGAAGAGAUAUCAGCUUUAAAACUGGGUACAGUUGUGGUAAAAGGUACCAUGAUAUGCAGAAAAUAUGGUAUAACAGUGAAUGGGUUAGCGAGUGGUGA